AAAUUUGCCCUUCCUUCUCCCAUUUCUCCCUCCGACAUCCACUGUACGUCGGUCGCAGGGUUCUACCACCGCUUCCUUCUCUGUAUCCCAACUCAUUUCCUUCUCUUGACCAGAACCAGACACAAUGGCCGAGCCCAUCAGAAACAAGCGGGCUGAUCCCCCCAUCGCUCCCACCCCCCAGAACACUCCUCUUAACACUGCCCCCAUCUCGUCGCACGCUCAGCAGCCCGGUGUUGCCAGCAUCAAGGAGGAGGACCUUGACCGUGCCGCCGCCGCUUCCAUCUUCGCCAAGGACCCUAGACUUGUGUCCCUUAUCCAGGGCCGUCUCGGCUCUCUUGUCGGUCGUUCGUCCGGCUACAUUGAGUCUCUCCCUACCGAUGUCAAGCGUCGUGUCGCUGGCCUGAAGGGCAUUCAAAAGGAGCACUCCAAGCUCGAGGCCGAGUUCCAGGAGGAGGUCCUUCAGCUCGAGAAGAAGUACUUUGCCAAGUUCACUCCUCUUUACCAGCAGCGUGCCGCCAUUGUCAACGGCCAGACUGAGCCCACUGAGGACCAGGUCCAGGCCGGUGAGGAGGAUGAGGAGGAUGAUGAGGAGACCGAGGCCGCCCCCAAGGAGGAGAAGGCUACCGAGUCUGCCGAGAAGGUUUCUGGUAUCCCCGAGUUCUGGCUCUCUGCCAUGAAGAACCAGAUCUCCCUCGCCGAGAUGAUCACCGACCGCGACGAGGAGGCCCUCAAGUCCCUCACCGAUAUCCGCAUGGAGUAUCUCGACAAGCCCGGAUUCCGCCUCAUCUUCGAGUUCGCUGAGAACGAGUACUUCACCAACAAGACUAUCACCAAGACCUACUACUACCAGAACGAGAGCGGCUAUGGUGGCGACUUUAUCUACGAUCACGCCGAGGGUGACAAGAUCAACUGGAAGGAGGACAAGGAUCUUACUGUCCGCGUUGAGCAGAAGAAGCAACGCAACAAGACCACCAAGCAGACCCGCAUUGUCAAGAAGACCGUUCCUACCGAGUCUUUCUUCAACUUCUUCUCCCCCCCUAAGGCCCCCACUGAUGACGAUGAGUCCACCACCUCGGAUAUUGAGGAGCGUCUUGAGCUCGACUACCAGCUCGGCGAGGAUAUCAAGGAGAAGCUUAUUCCCCGUGCCAUCGACUGGUUCACUGGCGAGGCCCUCGCCUUUGAGGAGCUCGACGAGGAGGACUUCGAGGACGCCGAGUUCGAUGAUGAGGAUGACGAAGAUGAUGAAGAUGCCAGCGAGGACCAGGAUGACGAGGAUGAGAGCGAUGAAGACGAUGAGGACGGGAGCAAGCCCAAGCAGGAGGCUGCUGAGUGCAAGCAGAGCUAAAUGCUGAUCGCUGAACGAACACGAAAAUGAUACCACUAUACCACGCAGGCAA